AUGGCCCCAUCCAACCAGAGCAGUGUUCAGCUCAUGACAAUCCAGAGCCAGGACGGGUCUCUGCACAACAUUCAAGUGGAAACCCAAACCGCAUCCAAAGGCGCCGAUGAGAAGAGGAGGCGUAAUGCUGGCGCAUCAGCACGUUUCCGUGCAAGAAGGAAGGAAAAAGAGCGUGAAGCUUCCAUGAGUAUAUCGAGACUGGAACAGAGCGUCCGCGACUCGAACGAGGAUGCCGAAUAUUAUCGUUCUGAGAGGGACUACUGGAGAUCGAUUGCCAUGCAAGCUCACCCAGAACGCCACAUCACCCGACCGCCGUCGCCUCGGCUGAGGCGUGUUUCGGUAGCACCGUCACGCGCACCAUCUUCCACAACCGGACAUGGCUCAGAGGCUUCGUAUGACGACUACGAAGAGGAACUUCGUGAGGAGGAGCGCAACGUCCGAAGGAGAACCAGUAGCUAUCAUCCAGCUGUUGGCCCUCACCACGCCGAGGCGCCUUCUAGCCACGACUCACAUGGCUAUCCUGCAUCUACCUUUGCCCCUGUAAACCACCCCUCUGCACAGCAUACUACCCAGCCUCAUCAGUACCCACAGCACCAACAGGCGCAAACGACAGGUCCUCACCAUCCUGCGCCUAAACAAGCUGCUUACCGCGACUCCUUCCCACCUGAGGCUCGUCGAUACGAGCACCACGCCUAG